AACGCGCACCGCGCCGGUCGGACACACCGCGCGUUGGCCUCACCACGAACAAAAUACACUUGUUAUUUUUAAUUUCUCUUGUACCGAGUGGCUGUGAUAGUCGUUAAGUGAUAUUUUAUAUAGUUCUUUAUUAUUUGCAUCAGCUGAACCGGUUGAAGCACACAGAAAUGUUUAUAGACGAGAAUGAGACGCCGGAGUCAUGGUGGGUGUCGGCAGUACUGAAGACCAUCCGCGCAGUUGCGCUGGUCUUCGACAUAAUCACCUUCCCCGUCCACCUCAUACUACAGAGGCCGUGGAGGAAACGAGCACUAUCCAGACGAAUUAAGGCCCGAAUAAUCGCGAGCACACAGAACAGCAUCACAGUGCGGUCUGUGUCGUCCCCGCAGCAGCUGCACCUGCACCUGGUGCGCCACAACGUGACGUCCAUGGAGAGCAUGCUGUGCGCCGCCGCCGCGCGCUGGGGCUCGCGGCCCUGCCUGGGCACGCGCACCGUGCUCAGCGAGGAGGACGAGCCGCAGCCCAACGGGAGGGUCUUCAAGAAGUUCAACAUGGGUGACUACGUGUGGCGCUCGUACGUGGACGUGGAGGAGGAGGCGCGCCAGUUCGGCGCGGGACUGCGCGAGCUCGGCUGCCAGCCGCGACAGAACGUCGUCAUGUUCGCGGAGACUCGCGCCGAGUGGAUGAUCGCCGCGCACGGCUGCUUCAAGCAGAGCAUACCUGUGGUAACAAUCUACGCAACCCUCGGCGACGAGGCGAUAGCGCACGGUAUCAACGAGACAGAAGUCUCGACCGUGAUCACGUCGCACGAGCUGCUGCCCAAGUUCAAGAAGAUCCUCGCUAACACGCCCAAGGUCAACACCAUCAUCUACAUGGAGGACCAGCUCAAGACCAUCGACAAGGACGGCUACAAGCCCGGCACCAAGAUCAUUGGGUACAAGGAUGUUGUGCAGAAAGGAGCUUCCUCCAAAAUCGACUCGGUCCCGCCGUCCCCCUCGGACACGGCCAUCAUCAUGUACACGUCGGGCUCGACGGGCGUGCCCAAGGGCGUGAUCCUGUCGCACCGUAACAUGCUCGCCACGCUGAAGGCCUUCGCCGACGCCAUCCCCAUCUACGACGGAGACAUCCUCAUGGGUUUCCUGCCUCUAGCGCACGUCUUCGAACUCUUGGCUGAGAACUUGUGCAUGAUUGGAGGUGUGCCAAUUGGCUACUCAACACCCCUUACAAUGUUGGACACGUCGAGCAAAAUCAUGAAGGGCACCAAAGGCGACGCCACCAUACUGCAACCUACGUGCAUUACGACUGUACCGUUAAUUAUGGAUCGUAUCAGCAAGGGCAUCACAGAUAAAGUGUCUCGCAGCGGAGAGUUUGCGAGUGCGUUCUUCAAGUGGGCAUACACGUACAAGCAACUCUGGAUGAAGCGCGGAUACGACACGCCCCUGCUCAACAAACUUAUGUUCUCCCGCAUCCGGCAGCUGCUGGGCGGGCGCGUGCGCAUGAUGAUCUCCGGCGGCGCGCCGCUGUCGCCCGACACGCACGCGCAGGUGCGCAUCUGCCUGUGCUGCGACGUGGUGGCGGGCUACGGGCUCACCGAGACCUGCAGCUGCGCCACCGUCAUGGACCCGCACGACCGCUCCACCGGCCGCGUGGGCGCGCCCACCAGCGGCACGCUCGUGCGCCUGCUGGACUGGGAGGAGGGCGGCUACCGCGUCACCAACAAGCCCUUCCCGCAGGGUGAAAUCGUAAUCGGUGGCGACUGUGUAGCCGAGGGCUACUACAAAAACCCGGAAAAGACCAAGGAAGAAUUCAUUGAUGCUGAAGGACGUCGCUGGUUCAAAUCAGGAGACAUCGGAGAACUACAUCACGACGGUUGCAUCAAAAUCAUAGAUCGCAAGAAAGAUCUCGUGAAACUCCAAGCCGGCGAAUACGUGUCCCUCGGCAAAGUGGAAGCGGAGCUAAAGACUUGUCCGAUCGUGGAGAACAUCUGCGUGUACGGCGACAGCACGAAGACGUUCACGGUGUGUCUGCUGGUGCCCAACCCGCAGCACCUGGCCGAGCUGGCCGCGCGCGUGGGGCUGCCCGAGAUGGACUUCGAGCAGCUCUGCCAGAACGCCGCCGUCGAGAAGGCCGUCGUCAAGGAGCUCGCUGAUCAUGCCAGGAAGUGCGGUCUGGAGAAGUUCGAGGUGCCCGCAGCGGUGAAGCUCGUGACAGAGGUUUGGUCACCCGACAUGGGGCUGGUGACGGCCGCCUUCAAGAUCAAGCGGAAAGACAUCCAGGAGCGCUACAAGGAAGACAUCAAGCGCAUGUACGCGUCGUGAGACUCGGCCGCCUCGCACUGAUCGGCUCCCUUCGACCGGCUCUAAGUUUCUACGUUAGUUUCGUUAAGUCGUGUACAUAUUUGUGUCUUACGUCUAAAUAUCGUAGUGUGUAUUAUUGUAACACUAAAUUUUCGCUUGAGCGCGUGCGGACGAAUGAUCGGUAAUCUUUAUGUAUAAAAAAGUAAGUACAUCGUUUGACUGGUCAAACGUUUCUGAUGAGAUUCUUCGUGUAAAUUUAAAAUUAUGUAGAUCUGAAGUCGUGAAUGCGCUGUGCGUGAUUGAAAAGUAAAUUUUACGUCAUUAUUAUAGAAUUCCUCGGAUAUUGUGUAGAUAUUGGCCUAGCAUCUCAAGUGUAGAUAGCUAUUGUCCCUACCGUGAAACCCGCAUAUUUGUUCCUACGUGUUUUCAAAAGACAAAGUAAUUGUUUCGCGGUAGGGACAAAACAUCGCUAGACUAAGAUAAUUGUAUUAGUACUUAGGGGGAUCGGGGAUAGCAUUUGCAAUGUAAUAAUAAUAAUUUGCAAUAAAUACAUUUCUGUUCAUCUGUUUAUUUGUAUUAUAAUGAUUACUCAUUUAAGAAAUGAGUGUCAGGCGAGCUCAUUGUGUUGCAUAAUGUUUAGCCAAAUGGUAUGUUUUAAUGUAUUAAUGUAAUUAUACAAUUAUGUUGACACUUGAUGCAUUAGUACAAGCAUAAUAAAACAUUCAUGAUUACUAGUUAAGUAAACGGAACCACGUAAACGGAUAUAUUGUAUGAAUAUCAUGUAACGAUUUUAUCUUUGUACGCCUACAUAUGCGUUAUGUAGUCAAACAAUUUUAUGUAGUGAACGAAAAUGUGUGCGUGUCAACAUAAUUAGGCGGAUUAUAAAAUUUGUUGAUUAGUUUUUAUUGUUUUGUAAAUCAUGGCUGAUGUUAUUGUUUAGCGUCUGAAAACAACCGAGGGCGAGGCUAGUCAAUGUUAAUACGAAUGUUGCAGCAUUUUUCCUUCUGGCCGCAUUUCGCUGAGCAUUUACACAUACAUUUAUAAUAAAAAAUAAAAUUAAUAUAAUCAAUGUUACCUGAACAAACGUAAAUUCCAUUGAUGUAUUUAAAUGUGAGAACUCGAGUGUUACGUACGUAUCGUUAUAUUUUUCGAUGUAAUCAUAUUGAAAUAAAUUGAAACAUUCUUAAUCUAACAUCAGUAUACUGUUGGUAGGUCGUUUGUUCAGUUUAUGUGACUGUAUCUUUGUGUUUGAAAUUCUUAAACAUUGCAAUGAAAACCAAUUUUGUAUUAUUUAUUGAAUAAAUGUUAAUAAAAUCAUUA